AUGCCCAGAGGUAGACUGCCGGCCGCACACAUGUCCUCUGUCAUCGCCCCUGCCAAGCCCUCCAGCACUAUGGGCCCCAAAGAGGUGGAGCUGAUUCUGGUGAAGGAGCAGAAUGGGGUGCAGUUCACCGCCUCGGCACUGGUCACCCCCACCGGCCAGACCCACCCAUCUGGCGAGCAGCGUGAAACCUGGGGUAAGAAGAUUGACUUCUUGCUCUCGGUCAUCGGCUUUGCUGUGGACCUGGCUAAUGUGUGGAGGUUCCCCUACCUGUGCUACAAGAACGGUGGAGGUGCCUUCCUGGUGCCCUAUCUGCUCUUCAUGGUCAUUGCAGGAAUGCCGCUAUUCUAUAUGGAAUUAGCAUUGGGUCAGUACAACCGGGAAGGAGCUGCAGGUGUCUGGAAGAUUUGUCCUAUCUUUAAAGGCGUAGGAUUUACAGUGAUCCUUAUUUCUCUCUACGUGGGUUUCUACUAUAACGUGAUCAUCGCCUGGGCUCUAUUCUACCUCUUCUCCUCUUUCUCGGGCGAGCUGCCCUGGGUCAACUGCAACAACACCUGGAACAGUGCCAACUGCUCUGACUUGAACGCCACUUUACUGAACGACUCCCACAAGGCCACCCCGGCCUUAGAGUACUUUGAGCGUGGGGUGCUGCACCUGCAGGACAGCGGGGGGAUUGAUGACCUAGGCUUGCCCCGGUGGCAACUCACGUCCUGCCUGGCUGUGGUCAUCGUGGUGCUCUACUUUAGCCUCUGGAAGGGAGUCAAAACCUCUGGGAAGGUGGUGUGGAUCACAGCCACCAUGCCCUAUGUGGUUCUGACUGUACUGCUGCUCCGCGGUGUCACUCUGCCUGGAGCCAUCGAUGGCAUUAAAGCGUACCUCAGUGUGGACUUCCUCCGCCUGUGUGACGCUCAGGUUUGGAUCGAGGCUGCCACGCAGAUAUGCUUCUCUUUAGGAGUGGGGUUUGGUGUGCUAAUCGCCUUCUCCAGCUACAACAAAUUUAGCAACAACUGUUACAGAGAUGCAAUCAUCACCAGUUCAAUCAACUCCCUCACAAGCUUUUUCUCAGGCUUUGUCAUCUUCUCAUUCCUGGGCUACAUGUCUCAGAAACACAACGUGGCCCUUGAUAAAGUAGCUACCGAUGGUCCAGGCCUGGUGUUUAUCAUUUACCCAGAGGCCAUAGCCACGCUGCCUGGCUCUUCAAUUUGGGCUGUCAUUUUCUUCAUCAUGCUUCUCACGCUGGGAAUCGACAGUGCGAUGGGUGGUAUGGAGUCUGUGAUCACAGGGCUCAUCGAUGAAUUCAAGUUUCUGCAUAGACACAGAGAGCUCUUCACACUCUUCAUAGUGGUCUCCACUUUCCUCAUCUCCCUCUUCUGUGUUACCAAUGGUGGCAUCUACGUGUUUACUUUGCUGGACCACUUUGCGGCAGGAACAUCGAUUCUCUUUGGAGUGCUGAUUGAAGCCAUCGGCAUCGCUUGGUUUUACGGAGUGGAUCGUUUCAGCGAUGACAUCCAAGAAAUGAUCGGCCAGCGGCCAGGCUUAUACUGGAGACUCUGCUGGAAGUUUGUCAGUCCCUGUUUCCUGCUGUUCAUGGUGGUUGUCAGCUUUGCAACGUUCAACCCUCCAAAAUAUGGGUCCUACUACUUUCCCAUGUGGGCUAACAUGGUUGGCUGGUGUUUGUCCAUCUCCUCAAUGAUCAUGGUGCCACUUUAUGCCAUCUACAAAUUCUGCAGUCUGCCAGGAAGCUUCUGUGCUAAACUGGCAUACGCCAUCACCCCAGAGACGGAGCACCACAUGGUGGAGCGCGGGGAGGUGCGGCAGUUCACGCUUCAUCACUGGCUGGUGGUCUGAGCGCUGCUACAUGUCUGAAAAAACAAGGAGACUUGGCCAGCUCUAGUGGGGGCGGGCUGCUGUGCGCCAAACAAACCGUAAAUCUAGUUGUUUCUUUCUUGCGUAAUUGAACAUGUGGCUGUAAAGUGAUUUUUCCGAUCACAACAUGGUUGACAUUCUGUCAAUAUCAGUUUAAAUCUCAGUAUAAGAUGACUGUUAUGAUGGCUGAUGUUGUCUCCCAAUGACUGUUUAUUGUUUACUGAAUUUUUUUGUGAUUAGAGUACAACUGAGCCUUAUUGAUCAAUGUGAUUGAAGUGUCAAAAGCUAUAUACGGAAUAAGAAUCUAGAAAAAAAACAGUAAUGUUUAACUAGUGAUAUUACAUGACAUAUAUAUCCUCUUUGUGUUUGAAAAGCAAAAUGAUGGACAGUACAUUUCAAUAAAUACAAAUCCCAGUAGGGUUUAAUUCUGUGAAGCCAUAUAUUAAGUAUCAACUAUUGGGCAAAUGGGAUGCAGUUUUGCCCAUGCUGUAAUUAUUUGCAGUUCUAUUACAAAUGUUUU